AUGAGUCAGCGAAGUAGAAGCAAGUGGUUAAUAUUGGAGGAAACUGGUGUUCUGCACACUUCGAAUGCGGACGCUGUUGGCGAUGUUGAGGGGGUUUCGGGAAGAUGGGAGUUGAAUAACUUCAAGUCUAAGUUCGACGUGAGAAUCGUUUCGAAGACUGAUCAAGAGAUGGAGUUUGAUCUCAUUGGACUUGACGCUUCCAUCUCCAAUGCCAUUCGACGCGUGAUGAUGUCCGAGGUUCCCAGUAUGGCGGUUGAAAAAGUGAUCAUCAUGCAGAAUUCCUCUGUCAUUCAAGAUGAAGUCCUUGCUCAUCGCCUAGGGCUUCUUCCACUUAAAGCUGAUCCGAAGUUUUUUCAAACCAAAGUUCCUCCACCUCCAGAUAGUGACCAAAUUGAGGUGAACGAGAACGACUCAUUGGAGUUCGAACUGAAAAUCAAGUGUAGUUUGAAUCCGAAAGCAACGAAGGAUAUGACAGAUCCGGACGAUAUAUAUCUGAAUCACAUCGUGAAAACGUCGGACGUCAAGUGGCUACCAAUUGGACUGCAAAGCGACAUGCUCAAGCCGGAGGACGUGGGCCCUGUGGAGAAUGAUGUAGUCAUUGCUAAGCUGAGGCCAGGACACGAAAUCGAUUUGAAAAUGGUGGCCUGGAAGGGUGUUGGGAAGGACCAUGCGAAAUUCAUGCCAGCCACAGUGUGGUAUCGACUUCUACCGGAAAUACGGCUCAAGGAGAAAAUCGAAGGAGAAAGAGCCUAUCGCCUCCAGAAAUGCUUUUCCCCCGGAGUCAUAAGUGUUGAAACGAAUGAAAAAGGAGUGUCUGUGGCAAAAGUGAGCGAUGCGCGGUACGACUCGAACAGUCGCAAUGUUUUCUUUCACGAAGACUUGAAAAACUCUGUGGAAAUGGGCAAAAUUCUGGAUCACUUCAUAUUUCACGUGGAAUCUUUCGGUGCCCAAAAACCCGAAACGCUUGUUUGCGAGGCCAUCAAGAUAAUGAUGAGCAAGUGCACCCAAUUUCUGGAGUAUUUGUGA